ACGGACCAGUAUGAUCGAUUUCGGAAAUGUCUGCAACGUUUGCUAGUGGAUGAGAAGGUUGCUGCAGAGCUUAAACGACGAGGGGUCAAUUCUAACGAUUUGGGGACUCAUUCGAUGCGCAAAGGUGCUGCAACGUACUGUGCGUCAGGGUCGACAGCUUGUCCGUCAUCAACCACGGUUCAUUUGCGUGCUGGGUGG